UCAAAUAAAUCUCAACAAUUCGAAUCUCAAAAUAUAUAAAACAAAUCUAUUACAUUAUAGUGAAGUUUUGGAUGAGCUAUGUUCGAUACAACUAAAUACUUUCCGCGUUCAGUUGAUUCCGAGCAUCCAUCCCAGUCGGAGCACAAUGAGUCUUUGUCACAGGAUCAUGUGAUCACCUACGAUAUGGUCCAUAACCCGGAGGGAAGAUCUCCUGAUCACAGUGUCAUCGAAAUGGCAUCGGAAGCUGACCGGCGUACAGGACACGAUGCCACUUCAUCUCCCCAACUGAUGAUUAUUUUUGAAGAAGGCGACAUCAACAGUGCACUGCACUUUAUUAUUGAGUCGGCUCAUAAUCCCUUUGCCUCGAAUGCGGUGGCCAUGGUUCUGGUUGAAGAGAAAAUUCGGGGGGAGAUCGUCGAGAGAAUCCUGUCUAAGCUACAUCCUCUUAGUAAGUUUGUGGCCGAGCAUCCUAGCUAUCUGGCAGCACUGGAGAAAUGCCACACCUCCAACUUGAACAUAAUAAGGGCCUGCAUUUCUGAGGUUGCCCCACCACUGGCUUCACCCACUUUUGUGUGUGACUGUACGCACGAUAAGCUGGGAAGUUACCCAACUGGGAUAGUAACAUUUCACACAUUCCGCAAUAACCAGGAGGCCAUUGCCAUAUGUCAGUGCGAAUCACUGGCCUUUGCAUCCGUCUCCAUUUGGAACGAAACGCUAACUGGAUGCUACGAUCUCGUGGCGGCCCUCAGCUCAUCCUAUUUUUUUCUAAACUGUGCCAACGUGGACUUGUCGCCAAUUUUAAGGCCGCACAAGGCUCAGAAAAAUUACGUGAUAGUUGAAAACGGCUUUCACUUCGAAACCCUACGUAUCUAUGACAAUUUCAAAUCCAUUGUAUUUCCUAUUGCCGGACAAAUUUUGCCAUACAUCAAAGAUUACAAGGAGGAGCACGCAGCCGUCUUCUUCUUGGAUGCUUAGUAUUGGAAUGACUUGGGAAAUCCUCGACCACGACUUCCACUUCCAUCCGAUUUCGCAAAGGUGCUUGGCAGAUUCAAAAUUUAAAGUUAUUUUGGGUGUUUUUAUG